UGUUUAUCUUUGAUCAGGUGUGAUAAUGGCCACGGUGCUCCCGCCGUCUCCCGCGUGAAACAGUAGACUCUAGCGCAGUACCCGGGCCCGCCGCAGCACCCGACCACGAUGAAAAUGGUGUUGUCUCAACGGCAACGAGAGGAGCUGAACAAAGCGAUCGCCGACUACUUAGGCAGCAAUGGCUACACGGACGCGCUGGAAGCGUUCAAGAAGGAGGCCGACAUGAGCGGCGAGAUGGAUCGCAAGUUCGGCGGCCUGCUCGAGAAGAAGUGGACGUCCGUCAUCCGGCUGCAGAAGAAGGUGAUGGAACUGGAGUCGAAGCUGUCUGAGGCGCAGAAGGAAUUCAUUGAGGGCGCACCGACACGUGCCAAGCGCACCCCCGCCGAGUGGAUCCCGCGCCCACCCGAGAAGUUCUGUCUCACCGGUCACCGCGCCACCAUUACCAAGGUUAUAUUCCACCCCGUCUUCAGUUUGAUGGUCUCCUCGAGCGAGGACGCCACCAUCAAAGUGUGGGACUUCGAGAGCGGCGAGUACGAACGAACACUGAAGGGGCACACCGAUUCCGUUCAGGACAUCGCCUUCGACCAUCAUGGCAAACUACUCGCGUCCUGCAGCGCGGACAUGUCGAUCAAACUGUGGGAGUUCAACCAGACGUUCGAGUGCGUGAAGACCAUGCACGGCCACGACCACAACGUGUCGUCCGUCGCGUUCUCGCCCAGCGGCGACAUCGUGUACUCGGCCAGUCGCGACAAGACCAUCAAGGCUUGGGAGGUCGCCACUGGAUACUGCAUCAAGACGUACAAGGGUCACCGCGAGUGGGUGCGCAUGGUGCGCGUGUCGCCGGACGGCGCGCUGCUCGCGUCCUGCUCCAACGAUCAGACCGUGCGCAUCUGGAACGCGGAGACCAACGAAUGCAAGAUGGAGCUACGCGAGCACGAGCACGUGGUGGAGUGCAUCGCCUGGGCGCCGGCGGCGGCCGCGCCCGCCGUCAACGAGGCGGCGGGCGCCGACAACCGCCGCGCCGCCCACCAAGGGCCCUUCCUCGCCUCCGGCUCCAGGGACAAGUCCGUCAAGAUCUGGGACGUGUCUACGGGGCAGUGCCUGGCGACGCUGGUGGGGCACGACAACUGGGUGCGCGGCGCGGCGUGGCACCCGGGCGGCCGCUACCUGCUCACGGCCAGCGACGACAAGACCCUGCGCGUGUGGGACGUGCCGCACACGCGGUGCCUCAAGACGCUCUACGCGCACCAACACUUCGCCACCAGCCUCGAUUUCCACAGGAGCUUGCCAUACGUGAUAUCGGGCAGCGUCGAUCAAACCGUCAAAGUGUGGGAGUGUCGCUAGGAGCGUUGCCAUUUUAGUAACUUUAACUCACCGAUGAUAUCUUUAUCAUUUUUAUUUCACAUUAAAUAGCCGCAAUGAGAGCAAUGUGUAUUGCGAUUUUAAUGGUUAAAUCAUUUUAGAACGGAGAAAUAGUUUUGAUAAUUUAUUGAUAAUGUUUCUUCCUUCGGCUCAUUGUGGACCGUUCUCGAACGUUGACAAUGCUAUGUCCCCUCUUAAACUCUUCAUCAGAUCCUCUUUACUAUAACUUUGGAUUCUCACAUUCCAUUAAAUUAUAAUGGCUCAUA